UUGGAAUUAUUUAAAAAGAAGAAAAAGAAAUAUAAUACAUACAAUGGAGAAUCUGCAUUACUUUACUUGCUGGACAUGCAAAGUAAAGUUUACAGAUUUGGCAAUAUUUAAACAUCAUUAUCGUACUGAAUGGCAUAAGUAUAAUAUAAGUAAAAUAGCAAAUGGAUUACCUUCGAUCACUCUUGAAGACUUUGAGAUAAAAGAAGCGAUGUAUCGUGAGAAUAAUACAAACCAGAUUAAGAAAAAACAGAUUUGUGAUGUCUGCCAAAAGAAGUUCAACAAUCAGAAACAGUACGAGAAUCACUUGGCCUCGAAAACUCAUAAAAAGAAGUCGGAGCAAAAAGAAAAUACAACUGUAGCUUAUAGCAAAAAGUUGUCAAGCAUACAGACUUCAUCCAAUAAGAAUACAGACGACAUUGAAACAGAUUCAGAUGUAGAAUCCUUUAAUUCAAACUGGUAUGAAGAUCUGAUGAAUCAAAUUACUUAUAAUGAUUGUUUAUUCUGUGAUUAUCAUAAUAAAUCCAUAGAGUGCGUUAUGAUACACAUGGAAAAGAAACAUUCGUUUUUCAUACCUGAUCUUGAAUAUUGCGAGAAUCUAGGUGGCCUGUUAAAAUACUUGGAAUAUAAGAUAUGUGUUGAAUUUAAGUGUCUUUGGUGUAAUGAUUCAGGAAGAAAAAUGCGAAGCGCACAAGCAGUGAGGAUGCAUAUGAUCGACAAGGGCCACUGUAAAAUGUUGUUCGAAGAAGAGACAAUGUGCGAGUAUACAACUUUUUAUAAUUACUUAUCUAGUUAUCCAGAUCCCGAAAUUACCGAUUCAGAUGAAGAAGUGUCGGAUGUAGAGGUUUUAGACGACGAGGGUUACUUGAUGAAGCUACCGUCUGGCAAGUCGAUCGUCCACCGUGAUUUGGCGCUUUACUAUAAACAGAAUCUACCUGUGGGAAUCACAGCGAUGACAAAGGACUCAGAUUAUUGUCGACGCAAGCGAAUACAUAAGCAAAUAUCGUUUGGGUCGGAGGAAAAAAAACUUGAAGUCGCCCGGAUUACAGCACGAGACAUUCAAAGCUUCCAGCGAGUCCAAGCCAAGUAUUUAAUGCAGCUGCAAGUCAAACAAAACAAACUACAGAAAUAUUUCAGACAACAAACGAACUUUUAA